UCACCACCGCCGUCACCGUCCCAGCUCACUUCCGUCACACGCGUUUCCGCAAAGCAACACAGGCGGCCAGGCAGCAGAUCGAGCACCAUCAGCCAUCCGAUCGCAACCGCUCUCUCUCUCUCUCUGCGUCCGACGACACGGUUCACCUAUAUAAUAACAUCGCCCACCGUAACACAUCCGAACGCACGCAAUCUCGCAGCAAACCGCCGGGCCCCUCGCGCGCACACACCUCAGCUCCCUCGUACCGGGGCUCCAUGGGCAACUUCGCAUCGUGCACGCUGGCGAGGACGGCCGGGGCCGGGAGGGCCAGCGGCUCGACCGUCGUGCUCCCGGACGGGCGGGUGCGGCAGGUGGCCCUCCCGGCCACGGCGGCCGAGCUGAUGCUCGACGCGCCGGGCCAUUUCCUGGCGGACGCGCGGGCGCUGCGGCCCGGGCGGCGGAUCGAGGCGCUCGCGGCGGACGAGGGCCUCGUGCGCGGGGCGCUGUACGCCGUGCUCCCCAUGAAGCGCCUGGGCGCCCCCGUGGCGCCCGCCGACGUGGCGCGCCUGGCGGCCGCGGUGGUGGCCAGCGGGGAGAAGGCGCGGGCCACGAGGGGGAGGACGCGGCCGGUGUCGUCCCCCGCCGCCACGGCCAAGGUCGCCGCCGUCUUCGUCGCGCCGCCCGAGACGCUCGAGGCCGCGGCCCUUGAGCUCCAGGAGACGGACGCGUCCAAGCCGAGGGCCCCGAGGCUGGAGGAGAUGGCCGUCGACGACGCAGCGGCCGCGGCCGAGAUCGAGGAGCUCAAGCAACGCCUCAGCGGCGGCGGGCGGCGGUCCAGGCGGCCCACGCUGGAGACCAUUCAGGAGGAGAGCUACGUGCCAGCGAGAUGCUGACGAUGCCAGUCAAUAAUGGCCAAAGCCAACCAAACAGAGAGAUGGCAAAGGCUGUUUCUCUGAUAGCCUCAUUUUAGUUGCGUACCGUAGGUGUGUUCGCCCCCUUCUCUAUUCGUACUCACCUUGUGUAAAUAGCACUACUUCCUUUUUUUUCCCCUUUGGUGCUGUCUCAUUUUCCAUUUAUUUUUGGAGAGAGAGGAAACGGACUGGAUCAAUAUAAUUUUGAAAAAGCGGUAAACAUAAACGAAGGGGAUUUCACAGUUUCAGUUA